AUGGAUUCUUUGUAUGCACCUUCAAUAGAACCAAGAAAUUUACUGGCAGAUUUAUUAGAAUAUUGUUCUGUUGUUAUGCAAGAUGCUAAAACUCAAGAAUCACUCAACAGCUGUCACCUCUGCCUUAUUAUUAUUUGCUGUAUUACUCAGAAUCAGCUAGCCUGUUCACUGUUACAUGAUAUUCAAACUAGCUUUAAAGUUAGAAUACAUAAAGCUCGUUCACGUAAAUCUGAUCCAAAGAACUACAAUGUUUUCACAAGUCGGCCAAUUGCUAUGGCUAUCUUAGACUUAAUGAUAGAAUUCGCUCAUGGACAUUUGAUGAAGAAGCUUCCGCAUCGUUUAUACAGGUUAUGUUUAAUCAUCUGUCAGAAUUUAUUAUGCUAUCAAAGAGCUCACAAAAUUCGUUUAGAAUUCGAUUGGAAAUCAUUAUGGACAGUUAUUCUGAGUUUACUGAAAUUUAUUCUCAACUUAGAUUCUAGCAAUCUGUCUCUACCUGAUGCUCUCAGACUUAUUGAAAAGGCUCUUCAAAUUUUCAAUCUUUUCAUUCUUCAUGGAGAUGGAUUCCUCCAAUCAGCUGAUGUAUAUGACAAUUUAUAUUACGAGUUAAUACGCAUGCAUUUGCUUGUUGAAAAUCUUUAUGAAUACUGUUUACAACAUUCAACUAGUUCUGUUACUGAAGUGAAAGAGAUCGCCUCAUCAGUUGUCCUUCAGUUAAGUACUUUAAGGGCAAUCGUCAAUCAUUUCAAUGCGAAAAUAGCUGCUUUCUCUACAUCGAAUAAUUUGACCUCGUUGACAGAAAGUCAGGUUUUAGAAAUUGUUCGAGAGAAUUAUGAUUCACUAACACUACGAUUUUUAGAAGAUUUAGAUACAAUUGAAGAAUAUGAAUGUGAUAAUGAAGAUACACUAAUGUUUCAUACAAUUGUUGAAUCAAUUUCCAAACAAAUUCGUAAAGAUUGCCUUGAAUCGAGUUUACAAAUACAAAAUCAACUGCACGAAUUAUCUGCAAUCCCCUAGUAUUACAAGUUAGUCGGAUAAUAUUUUUGAAAGACAAUGCUGCACCUGUAAAUGUAAACAUAUUUUUGAAAAUAGGCUAACAGCCAGCCAUUAAGGUGAUUGAUAUUCCUUUUCAGUGCUUUUUUGAUUUUGUGAAAAGUCUUUCAUCAUGAGUUGUCUUUUUUCUUUUUAUCCCUACUUUAUUUUGUCUCUUUUUCACAUGCAUCAUUAAGCCCAUAGUCAUAUCACAAUUGGCUUCUCUUCUCAAUGUAAAUACACACGUCUCUCAUCUGAGUUUCCCUUAGAAAAAUGUUCCUUCAGGAGGCUGAGCAUCAUAUUCAUCAUUCCUGUAAUUUAAACAAAAAAAGAGAAAAAUUUGUGAGUGAGCACAAUACUCUGCCCUUCUUCAUAAACUUCUUCCAACCUCUUCAUUUAUGUGAUGAUUGAACCUUUUUUGUUCUUAUCCAUAUAUUUCCAUCUGAUUUCUAUUUUCUGUAAUAAUGAUUAUUAUAAUUAUAAUAACCAGUACAGACAGUUGGAGCUUCGUUCUCCAAAAUUUGUCAGUUUGGUUACUGACAAUAAGAAAAGGACCUUGUCACUGUAAUAUUUCUCUUACUUACUUACUUACAUUGCUGUAUUGUCACUUCCUUGAGAUUGCUUAUUCUCUGUGUGGUAAUCCUUAUAAAAAAAAUACAACAUUGUAUUUGUAUAAAUAUAUGUGAUGGGUG